UGGAAGACUACACUGCAUGUCCACUGUCUAUCAGUGUUACUCCAAAGUUAGCUUCUCAUUGUGGUGACGGCUUUGACUCUUCCCCUGGCAUAUUUUGAAAGACUGGAUAUUUAGUCAGAAUAAGGAAUUUUGGAAAUCUAUUGAGAAAAAAAGAAGCUUCAUUCAACUUUUAAACAUGUCACCCACAACCAGAAGAAGAGCCUGUCAUUUCUCUAAAUGUGUCUGGACUGUUUUUGGAGAGGGAACAUAAAUCUCUUUCAGUAUUCGCUAAAGGUUUGCUUUAUUUUUUUAUAUAAUAAGUUUAAAAAAUAUUCCAUAUAUUUUAACCUUUGGUUAUUGUCAAAGACAGGCAAGUCACAGACCAUCGCAGCAGGGAGGAGAUUAAAGGAAGAUCUUUGAGUUGCAACUUAUCAGACACCUUCCAGCCGGGUGCUCUCCAGUUACGACUAAGCACUUCGAGACUCCGCAAAUGGAAAAUAAAAUAAACGAAAAGAUGAGCGCUAUCAGUACUACAUCGACAGCUGAUUCUACCGAUUCAGGAGUAAGUGACUUAAUUGAAGCUGGCUACAGUAGAUCUAAUGCAAAAUUAUCUGUUGUGUCGCGGUCUUUAAGUUGUAUGUCCUCCGUGCGUAAUUUUGGAAACGCUGGCACACUGAUGCAAGGUCAAAAUUUAAGCGGCGACUGCGCAGUUUUUAAAGACUGUAACAUUCUAGAUGCUUCACUUGCUGCAAAAGCGUUUUAUGACCGCAACAGUGAAUAUUUAAAUAGUGACAAUGUACCAUGGGAAGAUUUUGUAAAACUUCGGAGGACGAAUGUGGCUACAUCCGAACGUUUACCAGCUGCAAGUUUAAACUCGUCUUCGACCUCAGGGGUUUGUAAAUUCAUCAAGGAUGAAAAGGAACCCUCUGUGAUUAUGGACAACACCUGUCCAAGCUUUGAUCCAUCACCUGAGAUAUCUGCUCUCGAGACCUGCUGUGACACCGACAGCAAGCAGCACCUCGGGCUUCGCGAAGGUGAAUCCACAAGCUUCACUUCAGCUAUCGCUGCUCCUCGUCCAGGGUUGGAAGGCUCUCCAAACUUUCUUGUCGACCUCAGCCAGUCAGAGCAAUUAGUAAGGACUGACUCCAGAUGUGCUUUGCCCGGGAAAGCUCUCAACUUUGAUGCCAACACGCAGUCAACGGCGCAACCUACGAUGUACAAGACUGAAGCUACUCGUUGGCAAAUGCAAGCUUCCUCGGCAGAGCCUCAGUACUGGUGCCAGUCUGCAAGUGUGACCGAGGACCCGUUUACAGCCAACAGCUACGAUGGGAUCCAGAACCAGACCCUGACUCAGAGGAACCCAUCACCUUUCUCUGCGUUUCCCGGUAUGCAACCUCAGCGACUGUGUGUGAUCUGUGGUGAUGAGGCUUCUGGUUGCCAUUAUGGAGUCUUAACCUGCGGAAGCUGUAAAGUCUUUUUCAAAAGGGCAGUUGAAGGCCAUCACAGCUAUCUCUGUGCUGGACGAAAUGACUGCAUCGUGGAUAAGAUUCGGAGGAAAAAUUGCCCUGCAUGUCGCCUCCGAAAGUGCUAUCAAGCAGGAAUGAUGCUUGGAGGCAGGAAACUAAAGCGUUUUGGAGCCUUGAAAGCCUUGGGUUUGACCCCGUCCCUGAUGUUUCAGUCUCACUUGGCCAUGUCCGGUGACAGUCAGGCCUUGACCUCCAUGUCUUGCAUACCAGGCAUCCAUGAGAUGCAGCUCUCCCAACAGAUUAUUAACAUCCUGGAAAACAUCGAGCCAGAGAUUGUGUACUCCGGCUAUGACAACUCCCACCCUGAUGUUCCCCAUCUUCUGCUCAACAGUCUCAACAGACUGUGCGAGAAACAGCUGCUGUGGAUCGUUAAGUGGUCCAAAUCCCUGCCAGGGUUUCGUAAUCUUCACAUCAAUGAUCAGAUGACCCUAAUCCAGUAUUCGUGGAUGAACCUGAUGGUGUUCUCUCUUGGGUGGCGCUCCUUUCAAAAUGUCACCAGCGAAUAUUUAUACUUUGCACCUGAUCUGAUUCUUAGUCAGGAGCAAAUGAGAAGAUCUCCAAUUUAUGACCUCUGCCUGGCAAUACAGUUUAUUCCUCAGGAAUUUGCAAAUCUUCAAGUUACCCGUGAGGAAUUUCUUUGUAUGAAAGCCAUAAUAUUGCUCAACACAGUGCCUCUUGAAGGACUCAAAAGCCAGGCAGCAUUUGAGGACAUGAGACAAAACUACAUCCGAGAACUGUCCAAAGCUAUCCAUAUGAAGGAGAAGGGCUUGGUGGCCAGCUCCCAGCGAUUCUACCACCUUACCAAACUGAUGGAUGCCAUGCAUGAUAUAGUGAAGAAGGUCAACCUCUUCUGUCUGAGUACCUUCAUCCAGGCAGAUGCCAUGAAAGUAGAGUUCCCAGAGAUGAUGUCAGAGGUCAUUGCCUCCCAACUUCCCAAGGUCCUGGCAGGCAUGGUGAGGCCCCUGUUAUUCCAUUCCAAAUGAUGAUGCCAGCAUCGACAUCUCAACUUUGUGACUGGAUUUAUUUACAUCAGAAUACUGGAUUCUUGAUAGCCUUUGUUGAUGAAAUCAGACUUCUGAGGUUUGCCAAAUGUUGUCAGUUCUCUUGUGGCAAAACAGAAAACAGCGGUCUUACAAAUAUUUUAGAACAGCCAUAUAAUGAAUAUUAUAAAUUCAGAGGCAUUAGCCAAUAAAAUUCUUUACAAUUCUGGUGUAUCAAACAUUCCCAGCCUGCAGCUUGUAUACAGAUGUUGCUUACUAGCAUAUACAUAGCACAGUAGGUUUUAAAGCCAUCAGAGACACUGAUAUUAUUGUACUGCACCAAGAAAAAAAAAAUAGUGAAGAAGAAAUGCAGAAUGCGUUGAAACCUGAACCCUGCCCUUAAACUAAUGAAAUUCAGUUAGGGUAUCAGUGGAGUCAUUCCAUGUUUCUACAGUUGGGAGGUAAAACUGGCAAGAUAACUAUCUGAAAGUAUUUUAGUGGAGAAAAAAAUCUCAACUGUGAUAUUAAGUAAAUAAAACAACUCAGCACACAUCUGCACCAAAACAGCGUUUUACAUGUUUUUUCUUUUUUUUUUUUUUAUGAGACUCCCCCGAAAUACAACAUAAUUUAUAAAUGAUAAAAUAUUUAAAAUAUAAGACACAUCCAGAUCUUCCAAAUAAUACAAAUUGUAGAUAUUUAUGAGAUGCAUAUGACAGAUUUAAUGAAAUCAGUCUAGCUUAUGAAAAAAAAUUAAGAAAGUGUUGCAUUUAUUUAAAUACAUUCACACUCAGAUAACAA